ACUUUAAAUCCUCGUUGGCACGCAAUCGUGAGUCGAUACGGAAGUCCGGCAAGCGAACAUUUAUUCUAGUCCGUCCAAACCUAAUUCCAUUUGUUUAAAUACCUCAAGUCUAUGACUAAGACUUGGGUCCAAUUUGUAUGCUGUCGCUAUGUCAGAUGUUUUCUUGUACAUUUAUGAUCUUUCAAGUGGCCUAGCUAGUGUUUUUAGUCCUGGUCUCUUGGGCAAGAAAAUUGAUGGAAUAUGGCAUACUGCUUCUGUUUUGUAUGAUAAGGAAUUUUUCUUUGGACAAUCAGGAAUUCAGUAUUGUGAGCCAUGCUCAACCUCUUUAGGAAAUCCAUUAAAAAAGCAAUUCAUGGGGAAGACACCAUUGUCAGAAUCUGAAAUUUUCAAUUAUUUAGAGCGACUAUCCAAUACAUUGUUCAAACCAGGCGAUUAUUCACUUUUUGAACAUAAUUGUAACACCUUCAGUGAACACUUUAUAUUUCACCUAACUGGACAGCAUAUCCCAUCGUAUAUAUUGAACUUACCUAAUGAAGUUUUGUCUACAUCAUUUGGAGCUUCAUUAGGUUCAGCUUUGAAUGUUCUGUCGGUUGGAAUCAAUUCCAAAACACGUUUGAAUAGUAUUAAAGAAACUCCAUCUAAUAACGAUAAACAUACAUACGCUGAUAUUAUUAAAUCUUUUCGACCAAUAUUUUUUGAUGAACCUUUAUCCUCAGAACUUCUUCCUCAUCGUAUAUAUUUGUUAUGGCCAGCUGGGGGAAAUUCAAGUUUACCAACUUUAGCUUCAGAGUUAUCAAGAGUACUACUUCAUGAGAACACGGAAGUAAAAUGUGCUGAAGAAUGUUCACCUCUACUUGCAUUGGAUGAAUUGAUUACGGGUGAUCAAUGUCGGGCAGUAUGUGAAUUAUUUCGUUUAGCUAUAUGGAAAGAUCCUAAUAUAUUGAUGAAUUUGUUCACUGAUCCAAGACGUUUAUUGCACAAAUUAAGUACAGUUAAAACACCUUAUGUAAAACCAUGUGAAUUUUACGAUAUUGAAGCAUCUCGUGCAAAAUUACUGUGCAACUGUUUAGGUUUAUCAUUGAAUUGGACAAUUAUGCGUGAUGAUGAUAUGAAGUUAGAUAUCAAUAGUAUUAUGCAAAUUAGUUUAACCCUGUUAAAUCAUGAUGUUGAAAAUCAUUUAUCCAAAGAGAUUAUGGGAUCCGCUUCCACACCAUCAACAGUAAUAACACCUAGUUAUUUACCAAAUUUAUUGCCAGAACAUAAACUGGUCGGUUUAGCAUUAGCCCACAAUGUUUCCUUAUAUCCAACGCUCAGUGAAAAUGAAGCGUUAGAACUGGGAAGUUAUUUGUUACAUCUAGCUGUAACAAGUGAAAAAUCAUUUAAAUAUCCAAUCGAUACAAUUUAUUUACUGCGUACAAUCUACUUCUUAGCUGUACGAUUUUCAAGUCUUGCUGACUUAGCCAAAUGUUAUGAUAUUGAAACAUUUCUUCAUGAACUCAUUAAUGAAAGACACUAUUCAAAUCAUAAUGUAAUCCCGUCGUCAUCAUCAUUAAACUCGUCAACUGUUCCAAACGAACACAAACACCAGGGUGACUACAAAAUUAGUUUAUCUCAGACCACAAGAACAAGCAGUCUUUUUCAACCUCCAAAGAAUAUAGAAAGUGGUAUUGAAUCAGAUUCAUUGACAACUUUCGACUUUUUGAUCGCUUCAAAACUGCUGAAUUUCUUAUCAAGUAAUUGUGAAUCAGAUGAGAUAUAACAAAGCGCCAUUAAUUUGUGAAUAAUUUCAAAGUGAAUAUACUAUUCUUGUUAAUUUUAGGAAGUGACUUUUUAUUUUUACCGUUUUCAACACCAUCAGCGCUAUCAUCAUCAUUACUGUCAUUGUUAUUACUUGAAAGUGAUUUACGUUUAUUUUUUCACCGAUUAAUUUUCAAUAUUCAUUCUAAUAUAUUUUAUUCAUCCUACUUUCUGUUUCCUUCUCGACGUCAAUUAAUUAAGUUCUCGUCCAAUAUUCAUAUUGCUCGUUUUCUUUAAUGACAUUGAGAAUAUUAUAUUUUACUAUUGAAAAUAGACGGCUUUUUUUCUUACAUUUCUUCUUAUUUACUAUUGUAUUUAAUUGUUUCGUUUUGUGUGUGUAUGUGUCAUUUUACCAUUAGUUGUAUUAGUGAUAUAGAUGCCGAAUCGUUGUCGACAUAAUGCGGUUGACUUGGUCUUUUUCACGAAAUAUUUGGUUUAUAUGAGUAUAAGUGGUUUGUAAAUUAGAAGACACUGUACAGCUGUUUUGUCGUGGUAUGUUAAUCCUCAACAGUAUACAGCCAUGACCCCGCUUCCGGUAAUAGAAGCUAGAACUUUCAGAUCUCGCGAUUAGCGAUUAACCUUUAAUUUAUCAAGUCAACAUACAGUGGUUUGUAUUCUUAGUUUCGAUGCCUGGUGUGGUUGUAGGUGUCUACUGCUGACGAUUUCACAAUAUUUCAGUUUUUUAGAAUCAAUAUUAAAUAAAUUGAGAUAUGGGCUUUAAAAUUGUAUGUAUAUAUGGACGUAUGAUGAAUACGAUGUUAGAAUAGCUAUCCGCGAUAAUAAUAUUUGUAAAGACACCUCCUAUCGACGACUUUGAGGGACUUAUUAGCUAAUCAAAGAGCAUCAGUUACGUAAGAAUUGUUUAAUAAACAGUUUUCACAUAAUGGAAGAACAUUCACAUUAUUGGAUUAUCUAUGAUAGUAAACGGAAAAGGGUUGAGAUUUGGCAUUCGAAGUCGGAGUAGAGCUAUGAGACUGGGUUAGGAGUGCUAGAGUUAGGUGCAUAGGUUAGGAUGGAAGAAUACUUUUUAUCUACAAAAGUAUCCUUUACUACUCAUUGAGUCGCGUCAAACGCUCACAGAUCUGUGUUAGAAUCAGUUAUUCUUUAUAACGUAACUUAAGCACCAUCUUGUAUUUACUGUAUUGUUGGACAAAAGAUAUUUUAUUAUUCUAAGAACUAGAUAUUGGCAGUUUUCAAUCAGGUGUUAGCCCCUUGCCAUUAAUUUUUGAAUUUCGCGCAACAACUCCAUACCAUCUUAAAUCUGGUUGACUCGUGAAUAUAGCAUAUUUUUGCCAAAAUAUCUUCAGCAAAGCAUAGUAAUAAUUAAUAGAUUAAUCUUAAUUCAAGUUGUUAGAUAUCAAUAUAACUGUAUCCUAAAAGGAACGAAUGUUGCUUACAACAGAAUAUACAAAACAAAUGGAUACACUGUUUCAAAACUUUGCUCUUGUUUCAAG